GCAGUCGCGUAGAGCUGGACUGUCGGGCGCACGCGGCCGGCCGCCAGGAUGCAGACUCACGGCGGGCUGAGGAGCCUCGUGCUGCUGGUGGUGGUGGUGGUGCUGCUGCUGCCGCCGCCGCUGCUGCUGCGGCUCGUCGACGGUCGCCAAACUAAGAAUUUCCAGUUCUACGGAAAAGUUUCCAAUCAUCAUGUGCCACACGAUAGCUCAUUGGGCGACGAGCAUGAUUCAUUGCCCCGGCUAGUCGAGCCCAUACAGAAUGUCACAGUCAGUGUAGGCCGUGACGCUCUACUUGCCUGUGUCGUCGACAAUCUCCGAAACUACAAGGUUGCGUGGGUUCGCGUCGAUACGCAGACUAUUUUAUCCAUCCACCAUAACGUCAUCACUCAAAAUCCUCGAAUAUCACUGUCCUACACCGAUCAGAGAACAUGGUAUCUCCAUAUAAAGGACGUUCAAGAAAUUGAUCGCGGAUGGUACAUGUGUCAAGUAAAUACUGAUCCUAUGAGGAGUCGUCAAGGAUAUCUCCAAGUUGUAGUGCCCCCAUCGUUUAUAACGAAAGAAACUAGUACCGAUAUGGUCGUUCGUGAGGCUUCGAACGUAACGUUAACGUGUAAGGCAACUGGAUAUCCCGAACCAUACGUGAUGUGGCAACGGGAGGAUGGCCAAAAUAUAAAUUAUAACGGUGAAAGUGUAAAUGCCGUAAACGGAGAAAUAUUGCACAUCACUAAAAUAAGUCGUCUACACAUGGGUUCAUAUCUCUGUAUUGCUGCGAAUGGAGUUCCUCCGAGGGUGAGCACAAGAGUUCUCUUGAAAGUUCAAUUCCCACCGAUGCUAUCCAUACCAAAUCAAUUGGAGGGGGCAUACGUCGGUCAAGACGUCAAUCUUGAGUGUCACACCGAGGCAUAUCCUGAUUCAAUCAACUAUUGGACUACCGAACACGGUGACAUGAUAGUGUCUGGCAAUUACCGUUCGGUUAUAGGCGAUAAGUACGAGGCAACAUGCAAGAAAGACGGAUACAACCAGUACAUGAAGUUGAAGAUAAGAAAUGUUGGACCGAAGGACUUUGGCUCAUAUAGAUGCGUUGCGCAGAAUUCUUUAGGUGGCACGGAUGGUGUAAUCAAAUUGGAUGAAAUUCCAGCUCCUCCAACAACAACGCAUUCGUCGCAUCAUGGAUCGUCAAUAAGAAAGAAUGAUCACAAACGUGAUAACGGAAUGCCUUCAAAAAGGCCGGGCGAGUAUUUGAGCGAAAACGACGAUAAUGAAAAUGAGUUGCCAUCUUCCGGAGCUCUGAGUCUUGCUCCCACCCUUGGACCUGAACUUGCGAUUUCCUUAUGCCUUCUAUUAUUUACGCAUGUACUUUUGCCAAUUACGUGCAGGUGAUUGUUAAAAUCCGCGUACUUGUCGACUUAACUCUUUUUUAUAGCUGACUUGAUAGUAAUUUUCAUAGGCCAAAUUAUUGUCCGAUGAAUGCAAACAACGAUAUAGCGCAAUGGUGACACAUUUAAUUACGAUUGGCGCGAAACCUGCCACUCUUAUUUGCAUAUUGAUAUGGUAUUGAUACGGCGUGAUCAUUUAUAUAAUCUAUAAAAUUACGUGUACAUAAUAUGUUUGUAUAAUAAUAGAGCAAGUAUGGAAUUACUUUGUAAAAAUGCUAAAAAUAUAAGCGCGUUAAAUUAUUUUCUUACGAGAACGUGAAUUAUAAGUGUAUUACAUAUAAAUACCAAGUGUAUAGAUGCUGGAGCUUACAAAAACAUGUUGUGAACUUUUUCAAACACGUUUAUUAUUCAAAAGAAGGGGUACAAUAAUCAUAAGGUUCCAAAUAAAAUUACAAGAAUAACAGCUUAUAUUUUACGUAUAUUUCACAAAUAUUUAUGAAAACAUGGAAGAGGUUCAUUUAUUUUUUAAUAUAACUAUUCAGGUAUCAAAUUAAAGUUUCACCUGGGAAAAUUUCAUAUAUUUUUAGCGUAACACCAUUACGUGAUGCACGUACAAUAAAUUAUGAUUUUACAAGUAAUUUCAAAACUCAUGGAACAUAUAAAAUCAAUUUCGGUGAUCGUGUUUCAAAAAUUGUUCCAGUUACUAUUGCAAACGAUCAAUAUUUGUUAUUAUUCCAGAUAAUACUGGAUGUUUUUUACUAUAUUUACAUCUAUUUUAUACAAGAGAACAAAGUUUUUCGGUACAUUUAAAAAUUUCUACGUGAUUUCUAAGCAUAGUAUUUAUCAAAACAUGGUUUUGAUGAAUAUUAACUUCAGUAAAUGGAGGAUCUCUUAGACUAUCGACAUAAUUCGAAAAAGAAUAGAUUUCUGUCGAUGACUAUCAGAUCAUUGCAUAAUUUAUUUAAAAACAAUAUAGAUCAGCAAAUCCUUCAAAAUGUCGGCAAAUCCAUUAGAGCACAGCUUUAUUAUAGUUGCAUUUAAAUAUGUCAGAUUACUCCAAAAAGGUAUCAUUGAAUAAUUUAUUCAUAUUUGUUCAGAUAAUGAAAGUUUUUAAUCACCUUUAUCCCGCAAAAUAGGUUCAUAUAACAUACUUUAAUCUGGCAAAGUCUUAAAUUUUUAAAUUGCCAUUAACAACUCUUAAAUAAUCAAUGAAUCGUCAAUGUGCUUACAUUUUUCGAUCGAUGCAAUCUAAACCAACCCUUAUGAUAAUUUAAUUUGUUUUUGACAAUAUUCUUUAAAUAUGAAAGAACAUUUUUGCCAUUCUCGCAUAAAUCAGCUUUUAGGUCUUAGGUGGAAAAUGAUUUUCAUAUAAAAAAACUUUAUUUGUAAUUGACAUACUUAGAAGCAUAUUUCAUUCGUGUACUAUACCUAUAUAAGUAAAUUAGUGAUAUGCAUAUAGUCCAAUGUGAAUGUACAUAUCAAUAUAUUUAUCUAAGUAGAUUGUAUUGUUCACUUCACGAGCUUAAGGAGCCAUAAACACUCGGUAAUAAAGAAAAGAAUCCAAAGAACUGAAAAUCUCGAAAUUUAACUUCGAGAUUUUGUAGUAUAAGUUAUCAGCUUUUAAAUAUUUUUCCAUUAAUUAAAAGCAUAAAAAUCAGGUUUAUGCGACGACUUAUCGAUACUUAUGUAAAAAUCAAAAUUAAAGAAAAAGGUUAAACUGGAAGAAAAUAUAACUUGAACAACGUUAUGGGUAUCUUUCGAAAGUUUCAUAAAAAAUUAUUUUUAUUCGCUAUACACAAGUCUAUGGUAACUAUUCAACUAUAUAUUUAUUUCUAAUUUUUUACUCGGUCAAACCUACAUAUUUCUUUUCAACGUGGUUAUUUUAAUGACAUAUUUAUUACUUUACAAUAAAUUUUCUUGAUAAACAUGAACUUGUCAAAAAGUUUAUCAAUUAAUUAUUUUUCAAUAUUCACUCGAUAUAUCUUGAACUAUCAUUUUAUUCGGAUUAUCGUAUUAGCCUCACCUUUGAAAAUUUUACGUGUAAAAUUCUUACAGAUAUUGAUUUAUAAAUAUAACAGACGAGAAUUAUUACCGAGAUGUUGAAUCCAAAACUUACACUUUUGAUUGUAAUGGAAAGGUAGUUCUUUACCCAAAAAUAUUAUUUUCGACAUAAUGUAAUCCUAACAUCUAUAUUUUUACACAUUUUAAUAAAUUAAUCAUUUUGCUGGAAAAUUCACAAUUGAAAAUCCAAAAUAUCACAUUGUACAGUUUACGUCUAUGACAUUACUUUCAUAAUAUAAUAUGCAAAAUAAUGAUAUUUCAUAAAAUUUUGGAGCUAGAGUUACCAAAUAACGAUCUCUUCAUGUUGAAUUGAUUUGGAUAUUCUUCGUUUCAUAAUAUUGGGUAGAGAGUCUCCUUUGAUGUAUUAAAAAACGUGUCAAAUCAGGUGGUGCCAUUAAUUUGUAAGUUAGUAACAUAACAACGUUCGUCUGAUGCAGAAAUUUUAUUUGAAAUAAGCAAUUAAACAAACGGUUAAACGAUGAUUAUUUGCUGACGCAAGCACAAUAAUGACAUCAACAACGUAGUGAUAACAUGUAAUGGUAGAAGAUUGUUCAAAUGUGUAAACAUAUAGCGAUUUGCACUUUUAUGUGCUUUCGCUCGAGUAUUAUAUGGGACUUGAAAAACGCUUAUACUUAUAACUUGUAUACAUUAUAGCAAACAAGAUGAGUAUGUUGAUCAUAACAUGAAAUGGUUAAAAGAUAUGGUAAAUUUUUUAAUUUUUGUUUAUAAAAUAAUUAAACAGAAAAUGAGUGCAUUUAAUUUUUUUCAUAUAGUAAUAUGAAACAAGACAUACACCUUCAAGUAAUCAUCGUAAAGUUACAGCUAAAUUUACAACUUACAAGGGUUAAUUGUUAACUUUAUUUUGGCAGAUUUUUACUAAAGAUUUAAUUUAACCUCAUAACAUUUCUAAGAAAAUUUAUAAUUUUUGAAUGGUAUUUUACAUAUCAUAUUUUGUUACAUCGUUGUGUUUAUAAGUAAAAAAAGAUUCAGUUAAAACGUAGUGUUAAAAAUGUUACAAAUUGUUUUUCUAAUGAGAAUUGUUCCGAGAAAACUGUUGCAGGUGGUAGAUGUUUUUUGAAUUUAUGUUACUCUACAAAACCGUACAAUUUGUACGCAAUGGAUUAUUACUCGUGGUAGUUAAUAUUAUGAGAUUCCGGACGUUAUGAGUUGUAUCGUAUGGUAGAAUGUGCUAUAUAUUAAAAAAAAAUGAAGAGCCUUUUCAACAUAGAUAAAAAAUUCGCUGCAAAAAUAAUAUGAAUAUUCAUGUAUUAUAUGCAAUAUUGAUUGAAU